AUGGGAACUACUUCUUCCCAUCGAGCAGAAGCAGAUUCAGUUCAUCAGGUAAUGACUUCAUUUGAAUUUGAAUUCAUCUUACAUCUCAUGAAAGAAACUAUGCAGAUUACCGAUCAUCUAUGUCAAGCUUUACAAUCCAAAUCAAAAGAUAUUUUAAGUGCCAUGCAUCUUGUUUCAUCCACUAAAGCGUGUAUUCAACAAUAUAGAGAUGAAAAAUGGGAUGUUUUACUUGCCAAUGUGAAAUCGUUUUGCAAUAAACGCAACAUAGAUGUUCCAGAUAUGAAUGCUCGUUAUGUUGCGAGACGAGGUCAAGCUCGCCAUCAACAAGCCGACUUUACAAUUGAGCAUCAUUAUCGAGUGGAUAUUUUUUGUGCCGCAAUAGAUUCUCAAUUGCAAGAAUUAAAUCGCCGGUUUAGUGAGGAUGCAGUAGAGUUGCUUAUUCUCGGCUCAGCUCUUGAUCCUCGAGUUGCUCGUGCUUCUUUUAGAAUUGAUGAUAUAUGUCGGUUGGUAAACAAGUUUUAUCUGCAAGACUUUACCGAUCAUGAAAAAGAACAGUUGGAAAUAGAACUUCACCAUUAUGAGCACAAUGUAGUUCAACAUGCAAGUUUCCAAGGAUUGUCAAAUAUUUCUGAAUUGUGCCAAUGGUUGGUUAGAACCAGAAAAUCAACUAUCUAUCAACUUGUUUUCCGAGUUGUUGUACUUUUGCUUACUCUUCCUGUUUCUACCGCAAUUACAGAACGAGCAUUUUUAGCUAUGAAAAUUGUCAAAACUAGGCUUCGCAACAAAAUUGAAGAUGAGUUUCUAACAGAUUCUCUGAUGUUGUACAUCGAAAGAGAAAUUGCUACGACAUUUAGUACAGAUUCAAUCAUUGAUGGUUUUCGGGAUAUGAAAAAACGAAAGGUUCCAUUUUGA